GAGUGGCUCGACCGCUGAGAUCACACCUACCUGAGAGAGAGAGAGAGAGAGAGACGGACACCAGAGAAUCCUGCAGACACAACAGAAUCCAAGAGUCUCUCAACACAACAGAACCCAAAGAAGCAAAGCUGGAUGGACGCAGCAGAGAACAUCACAUCUGUACGGUCGCGGACGGCGCUCUGUUAUACGGCAGUCCUGCACGGAGUUGGAUCAUGGAAUGUUUAGGACUUGUUGCCGAACUACUUAUCAGUCAGUCGCUCCACGUUUGUUUAGUACUUUGAUGUUUGAAGAGGCUUUUUUCUGCCACACUCUUAGAAAUAGAGGCUGCAUAAGGGUGUUUUUGCAACGAAGAACUGUUUUUGGGAACUGUUCUUAAAAGAACCACUUUUUUCUUCAUGUGAAGAGCAUUUAAUAAUCUAACAAGCCUUUUUUUUCACAAUAAAAAACCUUUAGUGUGUUGGAAAGGAUCCAUGGAUAUUAAUGUAUUCAGAUGCCAAUGAAGAACCUUAGUUUUUAAGUGCAUCAGUUUUAUAGGAGCUUCUCUGAAAGAGGGUGUUUUCAAGGCAAUGCCAUAGAAGAACCAUUUUUGGAACUUUUUUUUUCCACUAUAAAGAUUAUUUUGUGGAUUGGAAAAUUUCCAUGGAUGCCAAUGAAGAACCUUUAUUUUUAAUUGUUAAGUGGAACGAAAGCUCAGUUUUGUAGGAAACACUUGAAGUCAUUUUUUUCUUCUGAAUAAUGAGUAAUGGCAGUGCCGUGGCGGGAAGCGCUGGAGUGGUUUGGGUCACUCCGCUCCUGGGCUCCACCCUGAUCACCAUGUGUGUUUUAGGCAUGACGGGUAACCUGUACACACUUGCCAUCAUGCGAUCGGCCACACUGCGGCGCGCCGGCUCUUUGUACGUCUUCAUCCUCAAUCUAGCGGCGGCCGAUCUGCUCUAUCUGGGCACCAUCCCAUUCGUAGUCUGCACCUACUUCGCCCACGAUUGGUUCUUCGGGGAAAUGGGCUGCAGGUUGUUGUUGAGUCUGGAUCUGCUCACCAUGCACGCGAGCGUGUUCGUGUUGGUAGCGAUGAGUUUGGAGCGCUACCGUGCCGUCGCCACACCUUUCCGGGCCCGACGCUCCACCGCCCGCGGCCACUGGCUGAUGGCGUUGGGAAUCUGGGCGGCAGCAUUCCUGCUGACACUCCCCAUGAUGGUGAUGAUCCGACUCCGAGAGGGACGUCCGGCAACGGCAGGGCUCGUCAAACGCAUCUGCUUCCCAACCUGGACACCGGAGGCCUUCAAAGCGUAUCUCACGGCACUCUUCUUCACCAGCAUGCUCCUGCCCGGCCUGCUGAUGGUCGGACUCUACGCAGGUCUCGCCCGCCGCUACUGGGCCGCUCAAGCCAACCUGACCCACGGAUCCUCGCCGUCCGUCCGCAGGCGCAAACUGAAGCUCAAAGUGGUGGGAAUGAUCUUCUGCAUCGUGGUGGCGUACUGGGCGUGUUUCCUGCCGUUCUGGGGCUGGCAGAUGGCGAAGCUCUUCUCGUCCGAGUCGCUCCGCUCGCUGUCGCCCGCCGCUCACACCUACGUCAACUUCUUCGUCACCUGCCUGACGUACGGAAACAGCUGCGUCAACCCGCUGCUUUACACGCUACUGACACGCAACUACCGUGACUACCUGGCCCAGAGAGGUCAGUCCUCGGGGUCGAGUCGAGGGGACCUGGGGUCAGCUGCAGGGGUCAACGCCCUCCAGGAUCAGAUAGGAUGACUUCUGUUUGAGAGUGUAACGUGACUUUAGAAAUCAGCUGUUUUUGCUUCAGUUUUUUUUUUUACACUUGAUUACACGACUAAAACUGUUUAUUGCUCAGAAGUAACAAA